AUGACGCCAGACCUUUCUCUCGUGCAAGCGCAGCCAGCGCAUGCAAAUACUUCCCCUGUGACCGACCUCCUAAACCGACUAUCCGCUCCUCAGCCACCCAGAAAAAACACCACAGCGACUUCUAAUAUUCCGUCCAUCCUCAACCGACUAUCCAAUCUCUCCUCUGUCAACAAAACAAUACCCAACAACAGCUGUCCCUUCAUAUCACGUCUUUCCACCGACGUCCGCACACAAAUCUACUCCUAUCUCCUCCUCAACCCCAUACUCUCCAAAGCAGGAUGUAUAAGUGCCGAAACCGAUUUCGGCGUGCAACAAAAAUACGAACUCGAGCCUUCAAUUCUCAGAACAUGCAAAGAAGUCUACGGAGAAGCAUCUACCGUUCUCUACGGCCUCAAUACAUUUUAUCUCGUCGCCAUGAAAAGCACCCGCAUGUUCCGUCUCACACUUGCAGAUUUCAUUAGCGGAAGUGCACCUACGAGAUAUUGGAGAGAAAAUGCCGAUAUUUUCAAAGUUGCACCCGAGUCUACUUUAUAUCUGUUCUCUAUGAAAACACACGAGGAAUACAAAUUCACGAGGACUUUGCCAAUAGAUCCAAGAACUAGUUUACCGCCUGUUUCUGGACAAAGGAGAACUCGAAAUCAAUAUUUAUUAAGGCUUGGAAUGCAAGAGGCGAGGAGCUCAACUAUGGAAAAUACACUUUCGUUCUUGAGACCAUUGCUCGAAUAUAGUUUGGUGCCUUUUUGCCAUUUGGUUACACUUUGUGAAGUACCACCGCAUACUCUGGAGAUGAUUGUUAGAGCAAAGAAGGAGGGAGACGCUCCCAUACGAUCCGAAUAUCUGGGUAUCGUACCCACGGAAGCUGAAAAAUUGAGGCUGGUAAGACCAUUGGAGAUGUUACGGGGAGUGGGAAGUUUGGUGUUCCCAUACGGCGAGAAGAGCAAUGGAAAUGACAUACCAUCUGACGAAAAUCCAAACGAAGACACCACACCAGCCGACGAAGACGCCAAUCCAAAUACUACUCUAAACAACACACCUCCCGAGAACUCAACCUACCAACUCAUCCAGCACUCAGGAAUUAUUGGCCUAGUCACCUCCACAGCACAAAAUCUUGCAGUCGAAUCCCCCUCCAAUACAUACAACAGCCUUCUCUCCUACGCCCAAGCCUUCGAACGCUACGAACCCUUCAAGCAACACAUGGCCACCAAUUGGCUCUACCAAAAUUCCUACCAGAGCACCCCCAAUCCCUACAAAGCCAAAACUCCCAAUCCCAUCCAAUUCUCGAAUCCAUUUGGUCCUCAAAACAACAACUACAAAUCUCACCCCAUAAACCGACAUCUUUCGAACACCGCAGCCGCAGUAAGAAGACGCGAUACCGUUGCUUUGCGGAAUAACCGCAAAGCCGUGAUUGAGUACCUAGAACCACAAUAUACACGUAUCCUCGAACAAGUCCAGAAAUUGCGCGAGUACACCGAGAAACAAAAUAAAAAUUUCGGGAUCUGGAAGGGCGUUUCGAUACUCGAGAAGCAGAUACUUGAUUCUCAACGAGGGGAAGGCAGCAGCGCGCUCAACUGGCCUUCCGAUUUCCCUCCCGAAAACAGAACAAAAAGUAUCGAUUUCUCAGAAGCAUUAGGGGUACUCGCAGAAUACGCCGCGUCAUUUACCCGUGAUGUUCCGCUCGAAACGCGUCGUCAGAUCGCACUGAUCCGUUGCGAAUAUCACGGCCAUUACGAAAUCAUGGAGCGCGAAGUUGCGGUUCGGAAACUUCAGGAUAUGGUAGUGGAGAUGCCCCAACCAUUUGAAGACGCGGCUGUGAAAUUCAAGAAAUUGUAUAUGCUCGCUGCGAAUGAUAUGUAG